AUGUUAUUCUUUAAAGGGUUAAGUGCAUUACUAACUAUUGGUGUGGUGGUGUCCCAGCUAGAGACAAUAACAAAUAAGGACACACAAGUAUGUUCGGGGAUGUACAAUAGGAAAGACUGGGCUGGGAAUGUGCAACCAUAUAUAUCUGUCAAUUUGCUAUCUUUUGACGGCAAGAAAAUGGACUUGAACAACCCCCUGGACCAACCAGAUGACAUUGAUUUAUCUUUGGUAAUAUUCGAAUACAAGGACAUUGAUUACUUGGGGUCUACUUAUACCUACGAUAAUGAUUUAUCUUCGGCGACUGCCUCUGGUAAGAAGUACAUUUGUGAUGAGGCGGCGAUUCAAAACAAUCUAUGUUCUACAAGCUCAUUGGGAGAGUUUAUUAUCAGUCCCGAAGCCAAAAACCAUUCGAGUUCCGAAUUGUUGACCUUCAAUUUAAAACAAUUUGGAAGAUACAAUACCACUUAUCCGUUGAAAAAUACUGGGUAUUACUGUAUCUCAACUUACAGUACUUCACACAAAGAUUACGAGGUGAUAGCCAAUUUUAGAAACUCUUUUGGUAAUUUGAACGCCUCGGAAAUCCCAAAGUUGCCACUUUAUGGUGGUCUUACCAUCCUCUAUUUGGUCACUUUCUUUUAUUACUUCUACAAUUAUUACAAAUACAGAACCAAUGUCACUAACUUGCAAAAAAACUUGAAUUUCUUUACAAUUUUCUUGAUAUUUGAAACUAUUCUUGUGUGGUUUUAUUACGAAUUGAAAAAUAAUCAUAAUCCUUAUACAACGGUGGUCGUUGCCGACACUGGGGUGAAAAUUUGGAAACUCAACUCUCAAGCGUUUGUGAAAUUCUAUAUGUUGUUCAUUUCAAUUUUAAAUUCAAUUAAAUUGACCUUCUCAUUUUAUUUGCUUUUGUUAAUUUCUUUGGGUAUGGGCGUGGUUUAUCCAAAUUUGCCAAAGAAAACCUUAAUCAAAUGCAAAGUGUUUGCAUGCGUACAAUUUGUGGUUUCGGUUGGUUAUAUCGUGUCCAACUAUUUGAAUAACCCAGAGAAUCCAAAUGCCUUGAUGUUGAUUUCUUUAGUUCCUCUAUCCCUCUCUUUGACGGUAUUUUAUUACUUGAUUUUAACGGCUUUGACUCAAACAACCAACUAUUUGAAAGCACAAAAGCAAACUAUCAAAUUGAACAUUUACAGAAAACUAUUUUUGACAAUUUUCAUUUCUUUGGUUGUGUUAUUCUUAGGGCUAGUUGCGUCUUCAUUCGUUUACAUUGGGAUGUCUACAACAGAAUUGAUUGAACAACAUUGGAAAUCUAGAUUCUUGGUUCUUGAUUUCUGGCCAUCAUUGGUAUAUUAUGGAGUUUAUGCGUGUAUCUUGUUCAUUUGGAGACCAACUUAUAACUCAUAUUUGUUAAUUGUGUCAUCUCAAGUGGGUACUGAUGAAGAUGCCGAAAUGAACACAAAUAAUGAAUUUGAAUUGAAUAAUCUUGGAAAUGAAUUUAAUAUUAAUGAUGAUGAUGAUAACGAUUCAUUUGUUGGUCAUUUUGUUGCUGAAGAUGGGCCAUCCGACAAUAGAAAUGAUGAAGAGACUCAAAUUGAAAAUAAAAAGAGCCUGAAACCAUCAAAUGAUGAAAGUGGGAAUGCUUUCAAAAUAGACGAUGAUGACGAAGAUGAUAGUGAUGGCGAAGGUAAAGAGAACCCAUUUUCAGAUUCCAAUAAACUUAUUGAAGAUAAAAAAUAA